UCACUAUACGCAGCCUGUUUAUUUUGCAUUUUUGCGGACACACUAUUUUUAUCCUGUACUUUAAGGUUUAAGUACUUUUUCUCGGAUAUUUUAUUUACACUGCCUCUAGGAACCAAAAAGUGAUUUGAUUUUAAGUUUUUAAUAUUUGAAUGAUGCCUAUAACCUAUCGGGAACAACUUUACAUUGUUUAGGUUGUAAGCAUUCUUAUUCUUAGUCUCAAGCUCGCAGGUGUGAUUUCUUGAAAAUUAUCUUUGUCAUUCGGGGGAUACGAGUAGUGGUGUUUUUCGGAGGUCGGAAGUUUUUCGUGUCUGUGUCUGAAGAUGGGAAUAAAAGAGCAAUUUCCCGAAAGAUCUGUUCCUGUUGGCAGCCAGUUUUCCAUGUAUGAUCUGCAGCGAAAGCCACUUUAUGGCGCGCAUCUGAACUUGCAGAACGAACACGAGCUGGCCAGUAAGAAUGGUUCGUACUUCGUACCAAUUGCAUGAUGUGCUUUUUUAUAAUCUUUUUGUUUAGUUUUAUUACUCAUUGCCUGAUCUUUCGUUUGCAGCUAAGGCUGUGCUGGCUGAUGAUAUCUUCUGCUAUAGCUUAUCAGGCCAUCACGGAGUUAGAAGUUUCUAUUCCGACGGUGGAACAUGCUGCAGAAAUUGAAUGUUUUUGUGUCGAAGUGUUUCCAGCACGGUACGACAACUGCUGGUAUGCCGCUAUGCUAGCCUCGGAAAGCAUUUACAAAUUGUGCUUCCGCUGGAAGGGACGAAUUAUAGCGCUAAUUGUUGGCCAGGCUGCCGUCAAGGAAUUCAGCGACAGUAUUGCGCUGGCGUCGUCUUCCGAUGCUUGUGAUAGCUCCAAAGAACCGCAGGUGGCUGCUUAUAUUAUGCUCUUGGGUGUGCUGGAACCGUACAGAAAGUUUGGAUUAGCAUCCCGUCUGUUACUGAGUUUCCAGCGGACCGUUAACCUUUCCUACCCCAGUUUAUCCCGCACCUUCUACUUACAUGUGGCCACGGAUAACUCUGCCGCGAUGAGAAUGUACUCUCGUCAAGGGUUUUUACGCAUCAGCAUUCUGCCCCAGUAUUACAAUUACGCCAAAGAUAACGCACCUCCUGAUUUACGUGAUGCUUAUUUAUAUGCCAAAGAAGUGCUUCCCGCCAGCGAAUGUCUGGAACACGCGCGGGAUUGCGCGGAUACACUGUACAGAAAUUUAAUGCCCGUAUUUUCUUACGUGAUCUCGGUGUUAAUUUUUCCGGUGAAAAAAGUAUUUCGGUUGCUGGCUAGUUGUGUGACUUCACGGUUACAAAAAGUUACUUUGCGAACCGAAGCCGCCAAAGUAGUUUGACUACUUCUACAGCUUGUUGCUUGCAGAUACUGAUUUUGGGAUAAUCGUGAUAUUACAUUUGCUGUGAUUAUGUAA